AUGCAAAAAAAACAUUCAAGAUCUUAUGAGGAGGAUAAUGAAGAUUCAUAUGAUCUUGCAAAAAAUGGUAAGCGGAUAAAACUUGAUAAUCUAUUACAGGAAUUAUCAUUAGAUGACGAUGACAUCGAUGUUAAAUCAAAAAAGGCUACCCACUCAUUUAUAGAAUCCAAAGUAUCGAAACUGUCGCAACAAACUGAUUAUGUGGUGAACCCAUCUAUAAAUUUGAAAUCUUAUUCCGUGUUUAAGAAAUCUUCAUCCCCACAACCCACUAUCAAUUCUCCAAAUAUUAACUCCUAUGUUAUGGAAAAGCUAGUUCAGCAUUUUCAUACGCUUUACAAUUCCAAGUCAGCUUUGAUACAGUGGUACAAGCCACAUUUGAUCUUAAGUUACCACUUUGAAAAUUGGGUAAUAAGACUAUUCAACAGAUUUAUCCGGAAGUAUAAUAAAAGGUCGAAUGGAAUUCCAAUAAAAAAGUUUAAAUUUUAUUCUAAGAUCAUGAAUUUAAUAAAUCUGAAAGAGAUUAGUUUCACAUAUAAUGACUUAUUACUCAUUUUGGAACAAGAGAAUAAAUUAGAGGAAUUGAAACUAAAUAGAAAAAGAAAAAUUAGGGACUAUAACAAAGAAAAGGAUAGUGAUACGGAUGAAAAGGAUGAUAAAACUUUUGAGAAUAUAAAAUAUAAUUAUUGGGAUACAUUACGGGGGGUGAAUAAAGAUUUUGAAAUGAUAGACGAGUUAUCCAAAGAUAAUUCUGAUACAGAUAGUCCAAAGGUCUAUGAGGUUGUAGAGCCUACGCAGAGCUAUCAGAAUCUGGAAGAUUCAGAUAUUGACAUGGAAACAGAUGCAACCUUUAACUAA